GGUUAAGCAUAUGUCUGAAUACUGAAACGCAGCCACCGGAAGCUUUGCCAAGAGACAGCAGUCCCGGCGAGGAUAAGUAGUAGCAACACCGGAUCCUGCGGCAGCUGGAUACAAUGGCUAAAGCUAAGGUAUCAAGUGAGGAGCUCAAGCGCAAGAUGAAGCGUCCCAAGGCGCGGCACGAGGCAGCAGCGGCGUCGCCCAUCUCAACCACUGGCAACGCUACCCUCGCGUCCGCCGUGGCGCCGCCCAAGUUGCAGUCACCCAGUCCCAGUGCACGGGGGUCUAAACCAUCGCCGGCGAGUAGAUACGACAGUUCGUUAGGCCUAUUGACCAAGCGGUUCGUGGAGUUGAUCCAAGCUGCACCAUCCAAGGAUUUGGACCUGAACACAGCAGCGGAAUCGCUUGGCGUUCAGAAACGGCGUAUAUACGAUAUCACGAAUGUGUUGGAAGGUAUUGGGCUGAUAGAGAAGACAUCCAAGAACAACAUUCACUGGAAGGGGGCAAGCGGACCUACUGGUGCCACCGACAGCUACCAAGGCAUGGACCACCUUCGACAGAGCAUUUCAGACCUUAGGCAAGAGGAGCUCAAGUACGACCAGCAAAUCAAGAUGGUCAGUCAAAACAUUCGACGUCUAUACGAAGAAGAAGCGUUCGACAAAGGAAGCUUUGAGAACUUUUGCUAUGUCACACACGAUGACAUGCGACGCCAAGAAAGUUUUGCAGACCAGAGCGUUAUGGCAAUUAAAGCUCCACCAGGAACAACACUUGAAGUGCCCGAUCCAGAUGAAGGUAUGCCCGCUGGGAAACGCCGAUUUCAGAUCUUCCUCAAGUCUACAGGUAAAAGACUGCAAGUUUCACUACCACUUCCAGAACAACGGCGUGAUUUAAAACCCGUUAUUGCUGUCUCGUUAGAUGGACCCGUGGAUGUGUAUUUAGUUCGACGAAUGGAUGAAAAGGAGGCUGGCGGUGCCAGCGAGGCGACGAAGGAUGCUCGAGCAAUUGAAACGCCUGAUAGCCCAGCACCUCCUUUAGACCAGAGAUCAUACGACUCGGACAGCGGAAUAUUCAAACUUGCACCGUUAAAGGUAUUGAACACUCUUAUCCAGCUCAUAGCUUUACAGCGCCUGCUCGGUCCGUCCAAUUAAUCAUGUACGCGCUGUGCUUAGACCGAUCCAGAUUUUUGUUUCAACCUGGACGACAGCGAAGGCAUCUCGGACUUUUUUGCAGACAUUCCGUAAGGGAGGAAUGGUGGCAUCAGUAAUGGCGCAUCGUGUUAGCGAACUCUUCAGCCUGCCGCCAACCUCGCUAGUGACGACGGACUGGUUCCAUUCGUAUGGACCGACAGCAGGUCUGCUCAACUAUUUAUCUUGCUGGGAGUCGAUCCUUUUGUUUGGUGAAAACCACGACCCCAGAAGCUGUUCUGCAACAUUUUGACUCAUUCGGUGUGCUGGGUGCGACAACAUCAGCACGAGUGCCUGGCCAGCCAUCAACGACCAGCUUAGUUGUUAGAUAUACUCGUUUCUGCUGGCAAUCGUGCGUGCCUCUCGAUGCGAAUCGUGAGUUUUAAUAAACAUGAACCGAAUCGUACCUGGUGCAACCGCUCGAGUGAUUGCCCGACUUCUAGGAAGUAAAACUUGGCAAAUAGGUUCGUGUUGUCGUAAGCGCAGAACUGGUUGAACACGUUCUGAUAAACCAGCAACGCGUGAGAAUAAAUCAAACUUGGCUUGUGGAA